AGUACCGGAAUCUGUGUCCGCAGGCAAAGCGUGUCUCGCGUCGGGACUCGGGAAUCACCGAUGACGAUGGGUAAAUACGGUGAAUACUCGUUGACGGUGCUUGGUGCUUUCCCCAGGACGAUAAAUUUAGAUAGUAACAUAUUGCGAGUGUUACAAGGUUCUGUUGGAGCAAUGCCAUUCCCCUUCUAUUAUAUUGCACGGAAGCCUUGACGUAAAGUAUCACGAGAGCUUCUUUAAACAUGCCCUGAGGAGCACAUGGCAGUAACACGCAACAACACACCAAGUCUUAAUGAUUUUCUUCGUUACGACGAAUCUACAUUGUAUUUCAAGUAAAGACAAUUAAAUAGAUGUCACGUUGAACUAUGAACUGGCAUUGUUCCCAUUAACUGUUUCACGACUUUAAACAAAAGCGUAGAAUUGUAGCGGGUAUUGUGUGAAAAACAGAGUGCAACAAAAACGGAAUUGACUACAAGAAAACAAACAACGACCUUGACUAAACUGGUAAAUCCAGAAUCUAAACGGGAUCGUGACGUUUCGAUGGCGACGUCACCGAUAGGUCUGUGAUUCACCUUGUUUCGAUCUAAUGAAUGGAGAGUACCGAUCCGUCGACGAGUUACCCACCAAACAGAUCGGUCUCAACUGAGAGCAGUGACAGUUGUACACGACGAGUACAAAAGCCAUUUCGUUAUUAUCGUGUUAUCACAUGUUUUCAUUUUUGUAAUUAUAAUUUCCAUUUGGCGUAUUGCUUCUUCAUUUCGUAUGGAAAAAACGAAAUGCUCGAGCGGUUGUAAAUAUUGAAUCUUGAAAUGCUAAAGAUCCGUGGAUCGAUGCUGGACCUUAAGAGACGCGCGAGUUUUGUGCAUUAAGAAUAUUCACUAAAAGUCGUUUGACUGUUACUUUACCUGGCAAGUAUCGGAAUUACUUGAACGGUAAACAAUCAUACACGAAUCAAUUGUGAUUAACAGUGUGUUCAUAAACAAUGGCACGGCUAAACGACAACAGCAAUGAAAUCAUCUACAUGGAUGACAUCGAGGACCAAGUGUCGGAACCGUUGACCUCUAAAGAAUUAGAAGCGGUAGUUAUACCGCGAUUUGGUUCCAUGUUGGAGACGGACAACACGAAUAAUCCCCGACCAACUUCCGGACCUGAAAUCGACGAUCUUGAACCAGAAGGAAAAUCAACGAUCGAUUUCGAUCAUCGAGGAAUAGACGACGGUCUUCUACCGGAAGCUCCACGAACACCUGAUAUUUCCACGUUUCCUGAUAGUAGAACUCCGUUCUUUCCGGUGCCACCUAUUCAAAAUAUACCAGACGUGAAUAUUUAUCAGCACAAGAAAACGCUUGCCCAGGGAAUGAUGGACCUGGCCCUUUUGUCUGCUAACGCGAAUCAACUGCGCUACGUUUUACAGACAGACGGAGGACAUCCGUAUUUUUAUCCUUCGCUGGUUAUGAUAGGUGCUAGUUUGUUCUUGCAAAUCGCUGUGGGAAUUGGCCUGAUCUGGAAUAGCAGAUAUAACGUUAAAGACAACGCCCAAAUGUGUAAGGCCGAACAGGCGAACAAUUUUACAGUGAUCGGUAUAUUUUUAGUGACCAUUCUUAAUGUUUUCAUUUCGUCGUUUGGCGUAGUCGACCAGGUUUCGAUCAUUUCUACGUGACACACGAGAUA